UUCAUUUCAGUGGAAACGAAACUCAGAGUGUCACUCUUUCUAUAUCAGUGUGUGAGUGCAGGAAAAUGGCCGAGGCCAGUAUUUCAGUAGAUCAGCUUUCAGUGGAUCAGUUCAGCUGUCCAAUCUGUCUGGAUCUACUGAAGGAUCCAGUGACUAUCCCCUGUGGUCACAGUUUCUGUAAGGUGUGUAUUAAUGACUGCUGGGAUCAGGAAGAUAAGAGCGGAGUUUAUAGCUGUCCUCAGUGCAGAGACACUUUCACUCCAAGGCCUGUUCUACGCAGAAACAACAUGCUGGCUGAAGUGGUGGAGAAACUGAAGAAGACUGAAGUCCAAGCUGCUUCUCCUGCUCAUUGUUACGCUGGACCUGGAGAUGUGGAGUGUGAUUUCUGCAGUGGGAGAAAACACAAAGCCGUCAAGUCCUGUCUGAUGUGUCUGGCCUCCUUUUGUGAAACUCAUCUGAAACCUCACUAUGAAGUUCCAGGAUUGAAAAAUCACAAAUUAAUUGAAGCCUCUGGAAAUCUACAAGAGAAGAUCUGCUCUGAGCAUGAUAAAGUGCUGGAGAUCUACUGUUAUACUGACCAAACCUUAAUCUGUUUUUUGUGUAUGACGGAUGAACACAAAGGUCAUGACACUGUUCCUGCUGUAUCAGAAAGAGCAGAAAAACAGAGUGAGCUAAAGGAGGAGCAGAUGAAAUCCCAGCAGAGAAUCCAGGAGAAGCAGAAGAAGGUGCAGGAGCUGAAACAGGCUGUGAACACUAUAAAGCUGAGUGCACAGACAGCAGUGGAGGACAGUGAGAGGAUCUUUACUGAGCUGAUCAGCUCCAUGGAGAAAAAGCGCUCGGAGGUGACGGAGCUGAUCAGAGCUCAGGAGAAGACUGAAGUGAGUCGAGCUGAACGACUCCUGGAGCAACUGGAGCAGGAGAUUGCUGAUCUUCAGAGGAGAGUCACUGAGCUGGAGCAGCUUUCACACACACACGAUCACUUCCAUUUCCUCCAGAGUUUCCAGUCUCUCUGUGUCUCUUCUGGAUGUGAGGACUCACCCAGCAUCACUGUCAAUCAACAUCUCUCAUUUGAUGGAGUGAGGAAAUCUCUCUCUGAUCUGAAAAAGAGACUGGAGAAAUUCUGCCAGGAGGAAUUCAUCAAAAUCCCUAAAGAUGCUGCAGCAGUUCAGAUGAUUUUACCCUCAGAGCCAAAGAGCAGAGAAGAUUUUCUGCACUAUUUCUGUCGUCUGACUCUGGAUCCAAACACGGCACAUCGUUACCUCAUUCUGACUGAGAAGAACAGAGCGGUGACAGACAGUAGGGUACACCAGCCGUACUCUGAUCAUCCAGAGAGAUUUGACUCCUACAGUCAGGUGUUGAGUAAGGAGAGUGUGUGUGGACGCUGUUACUGGGAGGUGGAGUGGAGCAGUGAGGAGUGUGUGUACAUUUCAGUCUCAUAUAAAAGCAUCAGGAGGAAAGGACGGGGUAAUGAGUGUUGGUUUGGAGGCAACAGUCAGUCCUGGGGUCUGAGAUGUUCUUCUUCUUGUCUGUCUUUCCGUCACAACAACAUAAACACUGAGCUCGGAGUUCCAUCAUCCUCCAGAAUAGGAGUGUAUGUGGAUCACAGUGCAGGAACUCUGUCCUUCUACAGCGUCUCUGACACGAUGAGGCUCCUCCACAGAGUCCACACCACAUUCACUCAGCCUCUAUACGCUGGAUUCUGGCUGCGCUGUUAUGGAUCAACUGUGAGGUUAUGUGAUCCAAAAAAAAAACAAGACGACUCUCCCAGCAUCACUGUCAGUGGACAUCUCUCAUUCGAUGAAAUGAAGAAAUCUCUCUCUGAUAUGAGAAAGCGGCUCGAGGAAUUCUGUGAAGAGGAAUUCAUCAAAAUCCCUGAACAUGAGCAAACAACCCCCCCCCACCCACACACACACACACACACACACACACACACACACACACAUCUAUCUCUCUCUUUCUCUCUCUCUCGCUGUCAGUCAGUGUGUGAGUACAGGAAAAUGGCCGAGGCUAGUAUUUCAGUAGAUCAGCUUUCAGUGGAUCAGUUCAGCUGUCCAGUCUGUCUGGAUCUACUGAGGGAUCCAGUGACUAUCUCCUGUGGUCACAGUUUCUGUAAGGUGUGUAUUAAUGGCUGCUGGGAUCAGGAUUAUAAGAGUGGAGUUUAUAGCUGUCCUCAGUGCAGAGACACUUUCACUCCAAGGCCUGUUCUACACAGAAACAACAUGCUGGCUGAAGUGGUGGAGAAACUGAAGAAGACUGAAGUCCAAGCUGCUUCUCCUGCUCACUGUUACGCUGGACCUGGAGAUGUGGAGUGUGAUUUCUGCAGCGGGAGAAAACACAAAGCCGUCAAGUCCUGUCUGAUGUGUCUGGCCUCCUUUUGUGAAACUCAUCUGAAACCUCAUUAUGAAGUUGCUGCUUUGAAACAGCACAAAUUAGUCGAAGCCUCUGGAAAGCUGAAGAAGAUCUGCUCUGAGCAUGAUAAAGCGAUCGAUAUCUACUGUCGUACUGACCAAAGCUUCAUCUGUUAUUUGUGUACGAUGGAUAAACACAGAGGUCAUGAAACUGUCACAGCUGCAUCAGGAAGAGCUGAAAAACAGAGUGAGCUAAAGGAGGGGCAGAUGAAAUCCCAGCAGAGAAUCCAGGAGAAGCAGAAGAAGGUGCAGGAGCUGAAACAGGCUGUGAUCAAUUUUAAACUGAGUGCACAGACAGCAGUGGAGGACAGUGAGAGGAUCUUUACUGAGCUGAUCAGCUCCAUGGAGAAAAAGCGCUCGGAGGUGACGGAGCUGAUCAGAGCUCAGGAGAAGACUGAACUGAGUCGAGCUGAACGACUCCUGGAGCAACUGGAGCAGGAGAUUGCUGAUCUUCAGAGGAGAGUCACUGAGCUGGAGCAGCUUUCACACACACACGAUCACAUCCAUUUCCUUCAGAGGUUCCAGUCUCUCUGUGUUUCUAAUGGACAUGAGGACUCACCCAGCAUCACUGUUGAUCAACAUCUCUCAUUUGAUGGAGUGACAAAAUCUCUCUCUGAUCUGAAAGAGAGACUCGAGAAAUUCUGCCAGGAGGAAUUCAUCAAAAUCCCUGAACAUGCUGCAGCAGUUCAGAUGAUUUUACCCUCAGAACCAAAGAGCAGAGAAGAUUUUCUGCACUAUUUCUGUGAUCUGACUCUGGAUCCUGACACAGUACAUAAUUACCUCAUUCUGACUGAGAAGAACAGAGUGGUGACGUACAGUGAGAUAAAGCAGCCGUACUCUGACCAUCCAGAGAGAUUUAACUAUUACAGUCAGGUGUUGAGUAAGGAGAGUGUGUGUGGACGCUGUUACUGGGAGGUGGAGUGGAGCAGUGAGAGAAGUGUGUUCAUAUCAGUCUCAUAUAAAGACAUCAGCAGGAAAGGACGGGGUACUGAGUGUUUGUUUGGAUACAACGAUCAGUCCUGGAGUCUGUGGUGUUCUUCUUCUUCUUCUGUCACGUUCUGUCACAACAACAUUGAGACUGAUCUCAGAGUUCCAUCAUCCUCCAGAAUAGGAGUGUAUGUGGAUCACAGUGCAGGAACUCUGUCCUUCUACAGCGUCUCUGACACGAUGAAGCUCCUCCACAGAGUCCACACCACAUUCACUCAGCCUCUAUACGCUGGAUUCUGGCUCAGCUCUUAUGGAUCAACUGUGAAAUUAAAAAAAAUCGUACUAAUGUGAUUUUUAUUAAAAUUAGCAAAUAUAACAUAUCUCCUUUUUAUAUCAAGUUUACUCAAAUAAAGAUGUAGAAGAUUUUUAUAAAUUUCCAUAAUCAUCUUUCUUCUGUCUUUUAGGAGAUUUUAAUGUUAUAAAUGUGAAUAUUAUUCAAAAAACCUCCAUAUCAGAACAUCUUUUUUCCUGAAUAUAUGUCUUCUCUUGAAUGUGUAUGUAUCAUGCUUAUUCUUUCACAAAAGGAUGAGUACAGGACUUCUGAUUAGAUAUCAAUGCACCAGUGUACCCUGACCAGUAGAUGGCAGUGUAGAUACAUUUGUUAAAAUGUUGGAUAGAGAGUUGGACUUGCAACCCGAAGGUGAACCUGAAGGUUGUAGGUUCGAGUCUCGGGUCCGGCAGGGAUUGUAGGUGGGGGGAGUGAAUGACCAGCGCUCUCUCCCACCCUCAAUACCACGACUGAGGUGAGACCCUUGAGCAAGGCACCGAACCCCCAACUGCUCCCCGGGCGCCGCAGUAAAAAAAAGGCUGCCCACUGCUCCGUUUGUGUGUUCACGGUGUGUGUGUGUUCACUUGGAUGGGUUAAAUGCAGAGCACAAAUUCCGAGUAUGGGUCACCAUACUUGGCCACAAGUCACUUCACUUCACUUCACUUCAUUGACAUUUACGGCAUUUGGCAGAUGCCCUUAUCCAGAGCAGACUUACAUUUUAUCUCAUUUAUACCAAUGAGCAGAUGAGGGUUAUGGGCCUUGGUCAAGGGCCCAGCAGUGGCAGCUUGGCAGUGCUGGGAUUUGAACUCACGACCUUCUGAGUAGUCCAACGUCUUAACCACUGACCUCCCACUGAAAUAUGGCCAAAUAGAAUCAGAGUCAGAAUCACACUUAGAAUCAAUCAAGAUCAGAAUCGGCAUCAGAAUCGACCAGAAACAGAAUCAAUCGAAAUCAAAAUUACAAUCCAUCUGAAUCACGUUCAAUCAGAAUCAGAGUCAAUCAGAAUCAGAAUCAAUCAGAAUUAGCUUCAGUCAGAAUCAGAAAGAGAAUCAAUUAGAGUCUGAAUCAAACAGAAUCAUAAUCAUGCUUUAUUGGCCCAGUACACUAGGCUACAGGGAAUUUGGCUCUUUGUAGGGUUUAUAGACAUUACACAUUACAAUAAGAUAACAAGGACAAGAACACGGACAGCACUGCUAAUAUAACACAUAUGAACAUAAGUUUGUACUAUACACAACUGUAAGUAAAUAUAUAUAUAUAUAUUGCACAGAGGAGAAUGUUACACAGAUAAAAAGAAAAGUUAGUAUAUCGUGAUCACUAAGCACAAUGCUCUGACACAUUCGUCAUGUUUAUGUGGCAAAGUGUUCAUCAGUAAUCAGUUUACAUCAGUAGGCUACCACUUUGUCAUGUUUUUCUUUCUGUUCUGUACAUCAUAAAAUUAUCGGGAUAUAAAAACAAGCUCA